AUGGCGCUGCUGCGGGCGGCCGCGCUUCCCGCCGAGGGGUCUCCGGCCUGGCUGCCCACCCACGUCCAGGUGACGGUGGUGCGGGCCCGCGGGUUGCGGUGCAAGGGCGGCAGCAAGCCGGGCACCAGCGACGCUUACACCAUCAUCCAGCUGGGCCGCGAGAAGUACAGCACCUCGGUGGCCGAGAAGAGCACCGGCAACCCCGAAUGGCGGGAGGAGUGCGCCUUCGAGCUGCCCCCCGAGCUGGGCACCCCGGCGGGGCUGGCCCGCGGCAGCCUGGUGCUCACCGUCAUGCACCGGGCCUUGGUGGGCAUGGACCGCUUCCUGGGCCAGGCCAUGGUGCCCCUGGAGCCCGCCCUGCAGCAGGGCCGUGCGCCCGACGAGCGGUGGCACAAGCUCCACUCCAAGGCUGGGAAGAAGGAGAAGGAGCGUGGUGAGAUCCUGGUUUGCAUCCAGUUCACACGCAACAACCUGACAGCCAGCAUGUUUGACUUGUCCAUGAAGGACAAGCCGCGGUCACCCUUCAGCAAGCUGAAGGACAAGGUGAAAGGCAAGAAGAAAUACGACUUGGAGUCGGCCUCUGCCAUCAUCCCCAGCAGCAUGGGUGCCCUCGACGUGGAGGAUGACUUUGACAUCGGGGGCAAGAAGUCCAAAGUCAAGGGCUUCUUCUUGAAGAACAAGCUGCGCAAGUCAUCGCUGACUCAGUCCAACACCUCGCUGGGCUCUGACAGCACCAUCUCCUCUGCCAGCCUGGGCCUGGCUGCAAAUGCUCCUGAGGUAACCAAAUCCCCCAGCAGACACAGCAGCCUGUCCACAGAGCGCUCUGUGAAGGACUAUUUGCCAUCUCCAAAGCUAACCCACAAGAGAGCAUUCAGUGACGAUGUCUCCCAGGUCAGCCCAGUCCUGGAGCCCAAAGCAAUCCAAAACUUGAAGCCAAAGAACGAUCCUGUGUCCCGCUCUUCCCUCUGCAUCAACGGGAGCCACAUCUACAGUGAGGAGCCUGCACCAAAGAUCCCUGCCUCUGUCCCACCCAGCUCUGCACCACUGCCCGUGCCCAGCGGCCCCCGGCGGCAGGAGGAGAGCUUCGGCUUCACCCCCCUCCAUCCUGACUCUCAUGAGGUGCCUUGGGGGGUUAGCAGCCUUGAGAGGACGCAGCAGAAUGAGCCCAGGUUCAUCCCAUCUCCUCCCAGCUUAGACUUGCAAGAAGAGCUCAAGGUCUCCACCAAAGCUGUCACGCUCAGUAACCAUCUGGGCAGAGCCAGGAUGGAAGAGAACAGUCGCUUGGAGAACAAGCCCACUCAGGCUGCCACACCCAUGGUCUUCUCCACAGACACAACGAAGGACAAACAACCUGAGGAAGUGAGGAAGGAAGACAAGAAAGCAAAGAGUGGCCUCUUCCACCACGGGGGCAGCAAGAGUGAUGCAGGGAGCAAAGGCCAGGGGGAGAAGGUGGGAGCCUCCCAUGGCUCGUCCACCCAUGCGGCAGCAGGAGGAGAGGAGAGGAAUAAACCCAGCAGCUGGUUUGGUUCAAAGGAGCCCAAGGAGUCCCCUCAGAAACCCAGUCCUCACCCAGUGAAACCCAUCAGUGCUGUGGUGCAAGAGGUCUCCAGUGAGAAGAAGCAGCAGCACAGGUCCAGCCUGUCGACUGCUCUGAGCAAUGGCCUGGAGAAGCUGAAGACAGUCACCACGAGCAGCGUCCAGCCUGUGGCCCCAUCCUCUCACUUGGAGAAAACAGACUCAAAGAUGCAGGAUUCCUCCAUACUGGACCAGUCUGCCAAGUAUUAUCACUUGACCCACGAUGAACUGAUCCAGCUCCUGCUGCAGAAGGAGAAGGAGCUGAGCAAGAAGGAGGAGCACAUCCAUGAACUGGAGAACUACAUCGACCAGCUGCUGGUGCGCAUCAUGGAACAAUCUCCCACACUCCUCCAGAUCCCACUGGAGGAAAACAAGACCAAGUAGCCUGUCCCCAGUGGCCAGCAUCACCUGCCUAGAGCACUGCUCCAGUAACCACGCUGCAAACAUCCCUGCACUUCCCCUCCUCUUACAAGAGGGCUCCAGUGGCUUCUGUUCGCAGAGUUUAGCAGGAAAGGUUAUCUGCUCCUUCCCAGCCCAAGCUUAUCCCAGCUCUGGCUCCAGGGAGCUAUAGGGUGAUGGGCUAUCAUCUACCCUAUGGGGAGGAGCAGAGCCCUCCAGCCCUCCACAGAAGGCAGGUGCCUCCUUAGGUUCCUGUCAUUGUGACCAAGUGGCCUCUUCUCAGGCACUCAUCCUGCCAACGCUUUAAGUGGUCCAUGGACAUGUGAGAGCUGGAAACCAACCACCUCACCAGUGUCUUCAUCCUGCUGCUGCUCUUCUGCUCAGUCUUCCACAUCUCUUACCUCUGAAGUGGUGUACCCUGGCUGAUGGAUGGUUGAUGACAUCAGGGAUGCUUGGACUAAGUAAAGACUCUGCCAGCAUGUUACUGAGUAGGGCAGCUGGGGAAAGGGGCUACUGUUGGAUGCCUCUUUCCCUUCCUGCCCCACAUGUUGUACCCCCAAAUGAAGGAUCUUCAUCUGAGGAGCCAGCUUUAAGUUGUGCCACUACCCAACCGUAUGAGAGAUGCUACACAAAGUAACAGCACUGGAGUCAGAGGCUGUAGAGGACUCAUGCCAGGGUCACUGCCUGAUUCUGGACAGAUGAUCCUGUUGAUUCCUUGGCUGCCUGCACACAGACUUGUGAUGCUGCCUUGUUUACCAGCUCAGAACUGAGCUCAGGAGAUGGGAGACAGGGCCACCCAUGGUCUGUGCACCAUCAGUACUGGAGGAGUUCUCUUACACCACCUAGUCCAUCACUGGUCUGGCUGGCACCAGCAUGGCUGGGGGAGGGCUCCUCUCUGCAACCCACAGCUGCAUUUUCUGCUCAGUAUUACACUCCCCACCUCCUGUCUCCAGGAAUUGCUUCCCACUAGCUGCCUUCUGCCACCACUGACUUUGCGUCGCCUUCCUCUGUGCAACAGGAAAAUGCCAUUGGGACGGCAGAGAAGGAUGUGUGACCUCCUGGCCACCUCUGUGCAUGACAUCCUGCUAGGUCAGGCAUCCAUCAAACACUCUGUCAACACAGCAAUGCAGUGAUCACUGUGGCUCCCCUCCAAGCCAAUAUUAGCACCAAACACCAUCCUCAUCAUAGCACAUCAGCACGCCGGCCUCAAGUCUCGGGUGGCAUGGGCCUGUCUGUAGGUGGUGUAGGUCAGCUCUCAGGAGCUGAGCUCUGCUGACUGCGGGGUCACCCUCUAAAGGCCUCUGAUUGAGGUGGUUUAUCUGCCACAGGUGAUGCCAACCUGAGGCUGGUAAUCAAUGCUCCUGGCCACAGCAAGUACAGCACAGUGUUUGGUUUGGAGGUGGAAGGGUACAGAAAGGAUGUUGCUCCCUCUCUUCUUCUGCCAGGAUUUGGGUCUGAAGGUGCCCUGCAGGCAGAGGGUUUGUUGGUGGGAGACUUGAGCUGUCUUGACAUGAAUGUCUGAAACCUGGAGAGUAAGAUGUCUUCUCUCUCCUGUAGAGCUCCCAAAGUUACUGGCUUCUUCUAAAACCUUCAUGUUCUUCUUCCUUGCUUCAGUGUACACCAGGGCUUUGAGAAAUGGUGCCUUUUCCAAUAGGACAGUAGCAGCUUCCAACCCAAAAAAAGCCUCUGAAAUGCAGUUCUCAGUUGAGUGCAGCCUGUCUUAGGCAGCUUUCUCUUCUGUUCUCCUACUAAUCUAGACUAGGUGGGUUUGCCUUUGAAUGCAGCCAGCAGAGCCUUCUCACCCCUGCCUGCAGGUUGGUAUUGGUCUUUGGCAGGAGUGCUGCACAGGCAGGUAGAAAGAUGAAGAGGUGACUCUAGAGGAAGACAAGACCACAAAUGUUCCAGGGCAAAAUACAGCUGGGUAGAGACAACUUUGGGUCAUGCUCAGAGUCUGGAGAAGCAUGGUAUGAGCUGUCAGGAGAAAAGAAUAUUUGGUGUUGCUGUCAUCAGCAAGGUUUGGUCAUGUCUAGCCCAUAAAGCACCGUGUGAGGAGGAGGGUUUGUUACCUGGGAAGAUAGCAGCCACAAGCCUUUUGUUCCUACCUGCCUUUGCCCCUAGUAUGGAGUAGUCUGGGGUUUUGCACUUCUCUGCCUCUAUCUUCAUGUUCCUCCUCCCUCUGUGUGUCUCAGGCGUGGGGACUUUGGUCUAAGACAUGAGGAGCUGAGGGAGAAGUUUCUCCCAUUUCGGAAAUACCAGACACCUUUCUCUGUAUAACCAAAAGACUCCAUGGCCUGGGAACUGGAUUCCCUUUCUGGGUGCCUGCUUGUGUCAGAGAAGCUCUUCCAUUACCUGAAAGUGGGCAGGAAGGAGUUGUGGACGGGUAGAAAGCAGCCCAGCUUCAGAAGAGUGGUGUGGCACGGGAAGGAGUGCUGGGAGAGGAGGCAGCCCCACGGGUGGGCAGGGAUGCUGAGUGAGCACUGAGGGCUUCCAUCAGGUGGGCAUCAGUAAGGGGGAGAGGUGUAGAGCUGAAAUCUCUCACAAGAGCCAGGGGCCCACGCUGACUCUCUGCUAAGUAUCUGCUUCCUGGGACUCCUCCCCCAGCGCUGUAGGUGCUCCCCACACACAAGUGCCAAUGUUAAUAAGGAUCUUGCUGCACCUCCUGCCUGCCUCCUCCUCCUCCAUCACGUUUCACCACCUCCCUAGUUCCCCCUCUGCCUUAGUCAGCUGGGCCGUUUUUUUUCUCUCCAAAGCCUGACUCUUUUGCACUGGAACAUAGGAAGUUGAUCUCAGAGCUGCAUCAGGCCAUGGCAGGUGCCCAGCCCUCUCAGCAAUGCUGCUGCCUCCCGUGACUUAACCUGUGUCACCUUGGAGCAACACAGGCCCCCAGCUGCCUCCCACUGCAGGAGCCCUCCCCACUGUCUCAGGGGAGGCUGAAGCAAGCAGAGCUCCAACGUUCUUGCCUUGACUUUGUGGUAGCCGAGCAUCUCCAGAGCAGAGGCAGGGGUGUGGGUACCCUGGCAUUGCACCCGAGACGAGAGGCUACAGAAAAAUCCAAGUGGUGACAACAGCUAAGGCUGCCCUGAUGUGUCAUGUCUGUCCUCCAGCCUUUGGAAGUCCAGAGGUAUCCUCAAGCAACAACUUGUGCUUGGGACAAGGGUGUCUUCAAGGUGCUUCUGUCUUUGUUCUGUUUCUCCACCCUGCUGUCCUGCAAACAUGGAGGUUUUCUCCACCACACAGUUUUUAGUCUCUGCGUAGAGCAAGCGAGCUUGGCUACAGCACACAACAGCCCUGAAGCCAGGCUGUGUCGUUUGUUGUGUUAAACCCUCUUAAAAGACCAGAGUGAAAUGGUUUCGAGGUGUAUUCUUGUGGAGAAGGGGGAUGAGAAAAAGCAACAGGGAAAAUGUUCUCAAGUUGUUGAUGUUCCAUAUUCAGGGUUCAGUUGCAGAUGCAGGGAGGUGAGCAGCACUCCUGGUCAGGGUGCAGGGCUGUCGCUGUUUGCUGAGCAGGGGAAGGGCUUGGGGUGGGCCAGCAGCAGCUUUUCCUGGGUUCUGUUUGGACACAGCCAUAACAAUGACUCCAGGAGGAAUUUUUGCCUCCUGCUCUGGCUUUCUCUUUCAGCUCUGGAGCUGUUUCAUGAGGUCUUCCACAGGGUGCUCUGCUUUUGUUGCCAGCCCACGAGUGGGUUCCUUCGUUUAAAGAACUGUGGCCAAGCGAUUUCUUUGUACCUUGACGUGGCCCUUCUGGCCCAGACUCAGGCAGCCGGAAGAACUGCCAAGGUCUGUCCUUAAACUGGAACAAAGCUGAGGGGAUGUGGGUGCUGAAGGCUGGUCUGGACUCAGCCUUCUGACUCGUCUGUGAAGCUGCUCUGUGUCACACACGUGGGGUGGGGAAAAAAACAGCCCCAAGAGGGAGCGAGAAACGUCGGGAGAGGGUUGGAGUUGUUGAUUUCCCUGUACUUGGUGUACAGGGGAAGUGGGUUCUGUGUGUUUCUUGUUUUAAUAGUUGCAGCUGAUGUUUCUAAAGAGCUUCUUCUUUACGUUUUAAGCACUUUAAAAAAAAAAAAGAAUAAAAG